AUGACUCUCACACCCCCGCCCGACGUCUAUAAUACACUCGGCGUGAACCGUGGUGCAACUGCGGCUGAAAUUCGGAGCUCCUACCGUAAAUUAGUACUUACAUGUCAUCCAGACAAAAUUCUCGACUCGUCUUUAAAGGCAGCAAAGCAAGCCGAGUUCCAAAAAGUCCAAGAGGCAUAUGAAAUACUCAGCGAUGAGAACCGCCGACAAGAUCAUGAUGAGAAGGUUCAGAUUUAUGAGUUGAGAAAAGAAAUGGGAAGAGGCAAUCCAACUGCCCGAAGUAACCCAUUCGAAUUUGAAGUAAAGACGCCAAAGUCAACAGAACCAUCAAAACCGAAGUCAAGCUCAUCUACGUCUUCAAUAAGAGUCUAUACCUACACCAACCCUCAUAAUACGUCGAAAUCUAGAUCACAAGAAGAUACCAAAUAUCAGAGCAAAAACACGUCGAAAAAGCCACCCAGCGAGAACCCAGAUCGUAAACGUUCCUCUACCAAGGAUGAUGAACAGAGAAGGGCUGCACAUGCCAAAAAGCUAAGUGAGGAACUAGAGAAACAAAGAGAAAAAGAGCUGAAACGAGAGAAAAAAAAGGCCAAAGAAAAAAAGGAAAAAGACAGGAAGCGGGGCUCAGAAGAGAAGCGUUCGAAGAAGACCUAUGCAUUUGUCGAAGAUGACACAGAAGAUGAUCCUCUCUUCCCACCAUUUUCCGACUCAAAGCCUAGUAAAUGUGAUACUGAUGACCUGCAUGACGAUGGUAUGAAGCCCCGCGAUGAGAAAUCUGCUAGGGCCAAAGCAUCACCAGGCUCUGGGAGGAAGGAGAACUUUCACACUCAGCAUGCUCCACGCUCCACCGAGAAGAAAUCCAGUCGAACGUCUGCAACGGAUAUCUCAUUGAAUGAAAAGUGGAAUGGACAUCGAGAAUAUGCUGCAACGUAUAUGGAGGCUGUUCGACAAAAGGCUGCAGCUCCUGAAGUACCUACCCCACCUCCUGGUCCGCAGCGAGCACAGAGUUAUGCUAUGCCAGAAUCCAGUGUCUACAACAUACCUUCUCCUCGGUACACUACCAUUCCCAAUGCGUCAUUUUCACCGCGCUAUUCAGCCACUUCUAUUCCCCCGCCGACCCCUCGAUACAGUGAAGAAGAGUCUAUAAAUCGUUCGUCGAGGCGUCGGGAAAGAAAAUCUUCAUCUGAUAUGCCAUCUACACGCAAAAAGACUAAGGAUGUAAGGUCAGACUCCUAUCCAGGAGAACUCCGCCAACCUCCUAUCGUUGAGCCCCCCUUACCUCCACCUUCUGGGAGGAAAGCAUUUCCUAAUGAAAAGCCCUCAAUGUCUGAAAAGUACGGUUAUGCUCAAGCGCAAGACAGUGCUCACCGCUCUGGCACAAUACCUCCCUUAUCAAGAUCUCAAACAUAUACUGAACCUCAGAGCCGAUAUAGGAAGCCUGAGCUUAGCUCUGAGUCCGAGUCUGAAUCUCCGUCUGUGCCUCGUUACAAGCAUCAAUUCCCCAUAAACUAUUCCCUCGGAAAUGAUCGUGCCACUGCGGCCAACACGAGUCGUUAUCACUCAGAACAUCGGCCUGUAGAUGAAUAUUUUCCCAUGCGAGGUGUUUCUCCUCAUUCAAGUCCACAUCUAUAUCGAAAUCCCUCUGUCAGUGAUUAUCGUGGCUCGCACUCAUAUACUCAACAUUGUUAUUACCCGCCUGAAACCGAACACUACGCUCGACAUUCACAUCAGUACCCUCUCCAAAGAGAGCCUAUCAGCCAACAGCCACCUAUUGGGAAUAUAACCUUCGCACAGCCUUUCCAGUACGAAAAUUUAAUCUUUGCCAAAACCCCAGCAAAAUUAUAUAGAAGUCAAAUCGACGGGCGUGGCUGA